AUGAACAGUAUGGUAGCUACUAAUACUGAUAAUAAAAUACCUAGUACUUCUCUACCAACAAAUAAUUAUUUUAUACCACCAUUCAAAAUGAAUUUAUCGGGAAAUUUACUUUAUCCAAUUAUUUUAUGGACAAAAGAUGAUGUACAGAAAUGGAUCGCAUAUUGUAUCGAUGAAUAUUCAUUACGAGACGUUAAUUUGAAUGAUUUUGAAAUGAAUGGUAAAGCAUUAUUAUUAUUGAAUGAAGAUGGAUUUAAACAACGUUCUUUACGUUCUGGUGAUAUUUUACAUAAAGCUCUUCAACAACAUAAUGCAUUAGUUAAAUCAUUGACUUGUCAAAUUUUUCCAUAUCAAUUGUGGAGUAAUUUUGGCCUUUUUCCACCAUCAUCUAUCCGUCACUUUAAUGUUCCAUUACCACCACAUCCGCCCCCACCACCACCACCACCCCUACGACCAUCACCUAUGCCUUAUAUGCAACCUACAAUUAAUUAUAUGUAUCAUCCUCCUGAAAAACAUCAACAAACAGAUUUUAUGAAUUUACAACAAUCAAUACGAACACAACAGAUAUUAAAUUCAUCUUCGUCAUCAAGUACAAAACCAUUCGAACAAAAUAAUUUUCAUCAUUCAAUGUCAUCUAUUAAACAAGAAUGUACAGACCGUAAAGAUAAUGAUAAAGUUCCUUGUCAAUCAAUUACAUCACAUUCGACAUCAAUAUCUCAACAAUUAAACGAACCUAAACCACUAAAAAUUCGUUCAGGAUUAUUUUCAAAGACAAAACAGCAAACGAACGAUGUUACAAAUGUGAAUGACAAUGAUAUAUCAAGAAAAAUACGUUAUUAUCAUGAUCGAGUGGAUUUUCAUGGUAAUAUUAUAAUGAAACCACAAGCAGCUAAAAAUUGUCGUAUUCUAUGGGAAUUUUUAUAUAUUUUACUUGAAGAUCCAUAUUAUGAAUCAAUUAUUCAUUGGGAAAAUCGUGAAAAAAUGAUUUUUCGAAUAGUUCAAGCUGACAAACUUGCUGCUCUUUGGGGCCUUCAAAAAAAUCGUUUAUCAAUGACCUAUGAAAAAUUAUCACGUGGUAUGCGUUAUUAUUAUUCAAAUAAUAUUAUUGCAAAAGAACAAUCAAAACGUCUAUUAUAUCGUUUUAUGCGUUCACCCGAUGAAAUUCGAAAAACUAUGAAACGUAAUGUUGAUACAACAAGUACAUUUUAUUCAACAAUCAAUAAACAAUCUUCAUUUUCAUCAUCAUCAUCAACAUCUAAUCUUCCUAGACAAGAAUCAUCAACUGAAAUAUCUAAUAGAUAUCUUCAACUUUUUUCAGUUCAUUCACCAUCUUCUACACCAAUGAUAUCAAAUUUAAGUCCAAUUGAUAAUCGAUUAUUUACGACACCUAAUGAUUCUAUAUCGAAAAGUGAUCGUUCAAGUUCAUCAUCACCAGUAUCAUUUGAUAGUAAUCAUGAUAAUGAAAGACAAUAUUGUAAUCUAUCACAAUCAUCUUCAGCAAUAGCAUCAACAAAACGUAAAACAAAUCUUCCAACAUCACUAAAUACUUGUCUGUCUCAUAAUUAUUCUCGUGAUCAACCACUUGAUUUAGUUGUUCCUAAAGACGAAGAAAAUCACAUUAAUUAUAAAAAACAAAAGCUUAUUUAUAAUUCAGCGAACAUUUAA